CAACCACUGCGCGUGUAGAGCUUGCGUGUGCUUUUGUGGAGAUGGCCCGCGCUGUGAAGAAAGAGGGGCCAACCGAUGAGGAAAUUCUCCAGGCUUUUCGUGGUUGUGAGUUUUUGGAUGAAGAAGAGGCGACGCGGAAGGCUCCAGAGAUCAUGGCCGUGGCUGAUCGCUUUGUGAUUGCGCCGUCCAUUGCGAUUCCAAAUUCCAUUUGGGCAGUGCUCCUCCACCCCGGCUCGGUCAACACAUCAGGCCUGAUCCUGACCGUGGUGACCGCGCUGAACUUAAUCAUGAACCGGAGGCAUCAAGUCGAGGUCGCCGCUGCCAAGCAGGCAGCCCAGGACCGGCAAGAGGCAGGGCAGGACCCAGACUACUCCGUCCCUCCCCGUCGACAGUGCCUGGCGGGAGGCGGCUCCCUGGCUGCCACAGGAGAGAACUGA